CAUUUUUGUUUCAAACUUACCGUUUUGUUUAAUUGUAAUCCAAUUUGGUGAUUUUAAAAAAAUCGUGUAAAAUAAGAAAGAUGACUGCAAGUACUAAUCAAUCGGAAUUGAAUAAAAUAUCCAACGAAAUCAUAAGAAAUAGUCUCGUAAAUUUUGUUAAGAAACACCUAAAAUCGGAUGAUGUUGAGAUAUGUAUUGAAUGUGGUUCGAAGAAAGGGGAUAAUUUCCAAGGAGAGAUCUUUCGUGUUUUGUACAAAGAAGCCAACAAUAAUGCUAACGAAAAUGAUUCUUCAUUAAUUUUGAAAAUAGCAGCUAAAGGUGGGUGCAAGAACAAACAUGAUUUAUUCGUUCACGAAAUUAAUAUGUAUGAAAAGGUUUUAUCAUAUUUCAAUGAAUUCCAAUUGUCAAAAGGAGUUGAUCCAGAGAUAAAUGGCUUCAACGAAUAUCCAGAAUGCUACUUUAGUACACAAGACAAUAUGUCCGAAUCGGUGUUUCUUGAAGACUUGAGGCGAAGAGGAUUUGAGAUGUUUAAUCAUCGUAAAGAAUCAAUUACAUUCGAUCAUGUCUCUCUGUUCAUGAAGGCCCUUGGAAAAUUCCACGCUAUUUCAUUUGCCUUAAAAGAUCAACAAACCGAAAAAUUCAAGCAUUUCACCAGCUUCAUUCCAGAGCAGUUUUGGGUUAAUGUGCAACAUGAUAUCAGAGAUGUUUUCUUGUCAUUUAUGGAUCGCUUAACAAGCGUUUUGGAAGAUGAACAACGUUUCGAUUUGUUGGAGAAAUUCAAAAACGCAACCGGUGAAGAUAGCAUUGCAUUUCUCACUGGCCUACUUUCAAUGGCUUCGAAAAAUCCGUGUGCAGUUAUUACUCAUGGAGACGCUACUAUAAACAAUACUAUGUUCAGUAAAGAUAACCACGGAAAACCAAACGAAAUUCAAAUCUUCGACUGGCAAUGCAGCCGAUUCUCUUCGCCUGUUCUUGAUUUGGUCAUAUACUUGUUCUGUUCAGCAACAAAAGAACUUCGUGACCAACAUUAUGAUGAAUUUUUAAAGAUUUAUCACAAUAGCCUUUCAGAUUUAUUGAAAAGAUUGGGAUCUGAUCCAGAAAAACUCUUCCCAUACGAAGAAUUAUUAAAUCAACUAAAGCAGUUUGGAAAAUAUGUUGUGUUCGUUGCAGUAAUUUUUAUUCAAAUUAUGUUUGCAGAUGAAGAUUCGAUUCCAAAUGUAAGCGAUGAACAAUCAGAUAAAUUAACAGAUGAUUUUUUUCAAAUAUCGGACGAAUCCAAACCAGCAUAUCGCAAGCAUGUUUUGGAUUUAUUCAUUGACUUAGAUCGUCUUGGUUAUUUAUGAUUGUGGAUUUUGGACACAAUGUAACAAAUUUCUUCUACGAAAAUUCUAUUCCAUUGGUUAAAGAAAAAUAAAUAUACCCGAAAUGAUACAAUAAUUGGCAUUUA